ACGUCCGGGUCUCAAACAAGGCGUAGCGCUUCUGCAUGGUUUGUUGAUCUGUGUUCCUCGAAUCGUUGUUCCUCAUGUGACUCUGUUGAAAAACAAGCUGCUUUGUUCAGUUUUUGCCUUGCCGGGAGAAGCUUUAUGUUUGUUUGCUUGAUUAGAAUUAAGAAGCUCAACAUGGCUCAGUGACAGCGACCCACCGACCCAUCCAGUCCGGCUCAGACGCCUGCCAUGCCGCUGCCCAAUGGCUGCUCCAUCAACACCGAUGAGAGCGGAGACACCGAGGUUCUCCUGGGGAAGGAGGCCGUUCCCCCUCGGUGCUGCUCGGCCCGUCUCAGCCUCGCCGUCCUCAUGUUCCUGGGGAUCUCCGUGGUCUACGGUCUCCGUGUCAACCUCAGCGUCGCCAUGGUCGCCAUGGUGAACGUCACCGACCCGGACGGAACCACGAACACCACGGCGGACCCGGCGUGUCCGCUGCCGGCGGGACCAGAAAACAGCAGCAGAGCCCUGCAGCAGCCGGAAGGGACCCCCCAGUUUCCCUGGGACUCAGAGACUCAGGGCUGGCUGCUGGGUGCCUUCUUCUUCGGGUACCUGUGCACUCAGAUCCCGGGCGGCUACCUGGCCGGUCACUACGGCGGGAAGAUCUUCCUGGGUAUGGGUGUGUUUGGCACAGCUGUCCUCACCCUCCUCACGCCGCUGGCUGCUGGGUGGGGGUCGCGCUGGCUGUUUGCUCUGCGGGCCCUGGAGGGUUUCGGAGAGGGCGUGACGUUCCCAGCCAUGAUGGCGAUGUGGACCCGGUGGGCUCCGCCCCUCGAGCGCUCCUUCCUGAUCUCCCUGUCGGGUGCUGGGGGAAGCUUCGGCGCCUGCCUGGCGCUGCCGCUCACCAGUUACAUCUGUGAACAACUGGGCUGGCCCGCUGUGUUCUACCUCUGCGGAUGCGCCGGGUGCCUCUGGUUUGUUUUCUGGUGCAUUCUCGUGUCCGACGACCCUCGAACUCACCGUCGGAUCAGUGAACAGGAGAGAGAUUACAUCAUAAACUCUAUUGGAGCUCAGGGCGAAGGUCACGGCUGGUCGCUGCCUCUUGUGUCCAUGGGGCUUUCCGUCCCGCUGUGGACCAUCAUCGUCACCCAGAUGUGCUCCAACUGGUCCUUCUACACGCUGCUCACCUCCCUGCCCACCUACAUGAACGACAUCCUGCACUUUGACCUGCAGUCGAACGGCUUCCUGUCGGCGCUGCCGUACCUCUGCAGCGUUCCGGUCUCUCUGCUGUCCGGCGUGGCUGCUGAUUGGCUCAUCAUGAGGCAGGUGUUCAGCAUCACCAACGUGCGCAAGAUCUUCACCUUUACAGGCCUGCUGCUGCCGGCGCUCUUCCUCAUCGCCGUCUGCUACGCCGGAUGCAGCCACAUCCUCACCGUCACCUUCUUCACGCUCUCCACCAGUUUAGGAGGGACCAGCUCCGCCGGAGUCUACGUCAACCAGAUCGACAUCGCUCCCCGGUACGCCGGAUUCCUCCUGGGAAUCACCAACACCUUCGGGACGAUCCCGGGUGUUGUGGCGCCCAUCGUGACGGGAUACUUUACAGAAGAUCACACCAUGGCAGGCUGGAGGAAGGUGUUCUGGGUCGCUGCUGGGAUCAACAUCGGCGGCGCCGUCAUCUACACGAUAUUUGGCACCGGGAAGAUCCAGGCGUGGGCCGUCGAGGAGGAAGAGAAGGAAGAAGAGGAAGAAGAGAGGGCAGUAGGUCCAAGUUGAGGAAAAACCAAAGAGAAGCAGCGAAGCUAAACGUGGCGAACGAUUUCGGGGAAUUAAUCCACAGACUGACCCCAACGUUCAGUUUUCACGUCUUUGGCAACAUUUUCUUCGUAAUGUUUACAUCACUUUAAAACUCUGUAAUUCGCCUCUGAUUUCUUACUUUCUUGCCUUCUAAUGGUUCUGAUUUCCUCGUCAUCAUUGAAGGUGGUCUUGCUCAGUGUUUGGGUUUAUUUUUGGACUUUGGCUGAUUUUUCACUCCGUAUCAGUCGAGUUCCCAACCGUUUUCAGAGGAAUGCUGUUAGUUUGAUCGCUAAGCCUGUUAGCUCCGACAUGUGAAUCGUUCAGGAGCAAAGAUGGAUGAAUCAGCACAACGAUGACACACAGCAGACCAGUUCACAAGUUAAACCGUGUUGCUGUGCUCAGAGUGGAAAUCAGAACCUUUAACAAAAACACCUCGUCCUUCAGUUAACCCAGAAAAAUUCCAGAAAUUCAACAGACAAGAUGAUUUCAAACUACAGCUACAAUAUCAGGAAAAAUGUUGAAUAAUUUGGUCCUAAAUAACACUAUUAAUUCUAAUAAAUCAGAGUUAAUCCAGUUUAUUCUAUAAACUUAAGACUUAAUAUUUCAGCUGAUAUGAUUCAUGGCUUUAGUCCCAGUAUUUUCUGGGUUUUUCUUCCGGUUUCUUAAAGACCAAAGUUGGAGUGACAUUUCUUUUGUCUCCUCCAGUUUAUUGAAAAUCUGGGAUGAUGUCUGAUAUUAAUGUUGCUCCUUUGCUGUUCUGCAUCAGAGUCAGUUGCUGUUUUUGCACAAAACUUUGUCUAUAUUCUGCUAAUGUUGAAAAAACAAAAUUUUGUAAUUCUGGUGUUUUGAUUCUAUAAGAAACACACUUAAAAUCACAGGUGGAUAACUUUAUUCACGUGACAAGUCAUUAAAAAUAAUAUUAAACGGUUACAUGAGAUGUAUUAAUAUUUCAGCGCUCGUCAUCUCUCAGCCGUCAGAGAAACGUCGGCGUCUUGUUGAGGCGUUGGAGAGAGAAACCUCUGAUAUUUGGGAACAGAGACGUUUAUCUGCAGCAUUUUGGUAAAACUAAAAAAAAACUUUGGAUUUAACUAUUAAAAAUUUUGCUGGACGAUAAAUUGUUGCAGAAGUUAUUGUGAUAUUGUUUUAAGACCAUUUUAAAGUAAUAUAAUGGUAAUAAUGCAAUUGAGUCUGAAGGCUAUUAAUAGAAAUCUAAAAUUCAGAACAUAAAAUCAUGAAUCCUGAAUUUUACUUGUUUUGAGGGUUUUUAUUUUUUUGAAGAAGUUUCUCUUCAGAUCUGAUUGGUUAAAAAAGUGAGGAAAACAAUUGCAUUAAAUUUAUUAUUAUCUUAUUUAGUUUCUCCUGGUUUCCAGAGGAAAAUAUCUCCUUCAUCCCAGUUAAAUUAUUUUAAAUUACUAUUAAAAUUAGAGGUAGUGUCCAACAGCGCCUCCUAGAGGUUUACAAUACAAUAACAGACACAACAGCAACGAUUCUAUUUAAACAUGUUGCCAAAUAAAAAUGCAGUAGCACUUACAAGAUUAUUUUAAACAUAUGAAAAGAAUGAAACAUUUUAAUGUGAGGACAUCUGAGCCUGCAGAUGCUGAGUGAAGUGGUGAAAUCAGGCAGUAACCGGAUCAUCUGAACUGUCAGUAAAAUGGCUGCUGAAUCUUUUCUGUCUGUUUGUUUUGCAGACAGACUGAAGCUGCAAAGAUCCUUCACUGUCUGCAGAUUCAAAGUUUAAUUAAUCUCAGGAUAAAAGUGGUUCAGGCUUGAGUUUGUUUAUUUAGAUCCUGUUUGAUUAUUAUUAAGAGUUAGUGAUGAUUCUUUUUUAAAAAGAUUAAGUCUUAAUUUCAUGUUGUUGUUUUUUUUACAAUUUAUUCCACAAUCGGUUUGUUACAUUGCUUUGGUCUUGGCACUUUUUAUUUGGUGUUUUAUUUUUGAAAUCAAUGUUUUUGUUUACUUAUUUAACCCCAAACUGCACAUAAGCUGCUCAGAAACGUUUCAGUGUUACUGAGAACAAGACGAAGUUUUCUGUCUUCAGUUUGACCAAAUGUGUGAAGGAAAAACUGGAAUUUAAAGUGUCGUUCAUUUAAAUGAAACUCUUCAGGCGGGACCAGAUGAAGCACUUUCACCAGCAUCACUUAGACUGGAAGCACUUUUCACUUCAACAUUUUAAUAAAUGUGAGGUUUUGUUAUUUUACAAAUUCAAUUGUUUUGUUUUUAUAAAAUAUAAAAAUAUCACAAUCUCUGCAAAUGUUUGCAGAGAAAUAAUUUCCAUGUUGAUGUUUAUAAAUGGGUGUCAAAUGUUCUUCUGUGAUCUGAAAAAGAUGUAAAAUAUAUUUGGGUUUUUUUAAAAGAUGGGAUUAAAAAGAUCAAAUUGCUGAAGAUCAGCAGAAAUUCUCUAAAA